AUGGACAUUCAAUUUGUGCUGGAUGUAUAUGCCUGUGCGAUGUACAUUGUUUCCUAUAUUUCUAAAGCUCAAAAAGGAAUGAGUGAUUUGUUACGUAACGCAUGUGCUGAAGCUAAGGAAGGUAAUUCCACCAUCAAACAACAGGUCCGUGACAUUGGCAACAAGUUUUUAAACUCGGUUGAAAUAAGUGCACAAGAAGCAGUGUAUAUCAUUCUGCAACUUCCCAUGAGAAAAUCGUCUCGAAAUGUUGUAUUCAUUAACACAUCUCCUCCAAGUGAUCGUGUUGAACUAUUGAAACCUCUCGGUGAGAUUGAGAAGAUGUCAGACGAAUCUGAAGAAAUUCACUCAGGUGGACUUCUGAAACGAUAUGUAGAACGACCAGACAGUUUAAAAAAUAUUACAUUAGCUGACUGGGCAGCAUGGUAUGACUCAUCUGGGCUGAACAAGUACAAGAAAUCCAGCCUAGACCUAGGCCUUCUAUUUUUAUUUAUAUAUUUUUAAUAUUCAGCGCUUUUUCACAUGAAAAGACUGGGACUAGGUGAUUUGGGAGCGGGUCGGAGGAAGGACACAAGCCUGACGCAAGCGAAAAAAUAGAAAGCCUAGUGGAUUUCCCAACAACAAGGCCAAAACUGCCCUGAAACUGCCCUGGUUGCGAAAUGCCCAAUUAUUGCGUUCUCAAACAGAAUUAUUUGCAACUUAACAGCGAAUUUAAACCGAUACAGGUAAAAUAAACUCAUUUAUAGUAUAAACUUACUAUUUUUAUUUGUAUACACGUCUAGAAAAUCGGGGUUUUUAUCAUAAAGUUUGAAGCAACACUAUUAUUAUGUUGACAAGGUGAAGCGAAAGCACAAAAUAAUAAUUCUUUUAUUCGCAAGACAAUCUACUGUUUUGCUUUGAAUAACUAUAUUUGCGAAUUGGGAAUGAGGAUUUUGAAAUUAUUGUUCAAAUAUUACGGAUAUACCAUUUGUAAACAAUGUACGUUUUUAUAUACAGUACUGUACGGGCUAAUAAUAUAUGUAUCCGUUUUAUUUAAUAAAUUAUAAUUGUAUAUGUGUUUGUAUAUUUUACAAACACAAGACUGCUUCUUGGCAAAAUUGAGAAAAUAUAUGUUAAUGUAGUUGUGUAUAAGACAAAAUUUCAUGAAAGAUUCUACUUUUGGUAUAUAUUUUGACUUAUUUUGUGCUUUCGCUUCACCUUGUCAACAUAUUAAAUAAUAGUGUUGCUUCGAACUUUAUGAUAAAAACCCCGAUUUUCUAGACGUGUAUACAAAUAAAAAUAGUAAGUUUAUACUAUAAAUGAGUUUAUUUUACAUGUAUCGGUUUAAAUUCGCCGUUAAGUUGCAAAUAAUUCUGUUUGAGAGCGCAAUAAUUGGGCAUUUCGCAACCAGGGCAGUUUCAGGGCAGUUUUGGCCUUGUUGUUGGGAAAUCCACUAGGCCUUCUAGGCUUGCUUCCUCCGCCCCGCCCCCAAAUCACCUAGUCCCAGUCUUUUCAUGUGAAAAAGCGCUGAAUAUUAAAAAAAAUAAAUAAGACUAGAAGGCCUAGGUCUAGGCUGCAAGAAAUCUGUUAAAAAAUCAGAUAUUGACAACCUUCCUUUGGAAGAUGAAGAUGAAAAUAAUGAUGAUGACCUAGAUGUUCAAAACACUGAAAGUUGUACUGUUUGUACUGCAAGAAUUAUUUGCAGUGUUUGGUUUAACAAAAAAUCUCAACCAGAAAAACAUUAUCGUGAGUUGACCACGCUUUUCACUCCAUGGCGAAAUGAACAGGCCGAUUUAAUUGGAAAUUACUCUUCCUUUGAAGAACAUUACGAAGCUCGUCGUGAUGAGAUAAGUGAACAAAUGCAACAAUAUGCGGUUUGUAGUGAAGACUUAAAUGAAAUUCAACAUCACUUACAAGAAUGUGAUGAUGAUGCAUAUGACACAAUAGCACCAGUUACACAAGACACUGAACGUCGGGACGAUCACGAAGGUAAUACAGAUACACAUCCAGAUUUAAAUGAAACAUAUGAUGUUUCUGAAGACUUGGGUAUCCCAUCAAGGUUAGCUAAUAAUGAACCACUUAUUUUAAAUGAAAUGGAAGAUGAUGAAUACCGACAUUCGGUCCAAAUGCUAAACAAGAAACGAAGGGAAUUUUUUUAUCAUGCUUUACAUUUAAGGUGGCUCGCUACAGUUUAUAGAAAUGUUGAAAAUGCGUAAACUAGUACUAGAUCACCUUUUUGAAGAGAUGAUGCUCUUUACAAAUCGAAAUUUGUAUAUUAUAUAUACAGCGACAAUCAAACAGUCGAAAAUUGGUCAGAAAAGUGACGUCACCACUGUUGCUAUGGCAACAAUGACGAUUCAAGAUGGCCGAUAUUUUGGCUUUGAACGCAUUUUACUUUAAAAAAAGGUCGGUUACCCCCAUUUUUUAUUUCAGAAAACAUUUUCUUAUAGUACAAUACACUAUCUGACAAAUUUUAAAAAAAUUCUGUAAUGCCAAAUUUUUAAAAAAUUUAUAAACAUGGUUUUUCGAAAUAAAUUUUUUUUUGCAUUACAGAAUUUUUUUAAAAUUGGUCAGAUAGUUUACGCAUUUUCAACAUUUCUACAAACUGUACCGAGCCACCUUAAUGAAGAUAUCUGAUGAUGCCUUUUAUGCCUUUUAUGCCUUUUUAAGUGGAAGUGGAGGAGUUGGUAAAUCUCACUUGAUUAAGUCAAUUUAUCAAGCUGCUUUAAAGCACUAUAACAAACGAGUUGGCGAAGACUUUCGUCGCGUUCAUGUAUUGUUGCUCGCUCCAACAGGAAAAGCAGGUUAUUUAAUUAAAGGAAACACAAUCCAUACUGCCUUAUCAAUUUCAGCAAGCCAAUCGCUUAAAAUCUAUAAACCACUAGACUCUGGUAGGUUGAACACUUUAAGAUGUGAACUGGGUUCAUUAAUUAAAGUUGAUAUUACUUGA